AGAAAACCAACCCAAAUACUUUUUGUUCGUUCCUUCUUCUGUAAAUUCCUUGUUUUGGUUUAUCUUCAACUUCAUCUCCUUUUAUUUAGUUUAUGCUCCUUUUUCUUUUUAUUUUUAUUUUUAUUUUUAUUCUUUUAACAAAAUAAAAGGAAGGAAUUAUAGCAACAUGUUAUCUGUCAUCUAAAAACUUUGUUGCAUAUUACAUUUUCACUUACAAUGGCAGCAUCUUUAGAUCUUAGACAGCUGCCCAACCCCAUCUCACAACAAUAACACUCACACAAAUUUCCUACCUAGUGCUCCACUACCACUUCCACUUCCACUUUCUUCAACCACCACCAUGUCUUCCAAGUCCAAAUCUGCUAUUAUAUCUGAAACUCCUAAAAAAGCAUCACCAGCAACCCCUCGAGUUAGUAAACUGAGCAGGGGAGUCGCUAAGUCAGAUUCCGAUUCACCCUCUCCUUUGCAGAAUUCUCGCCUUUCACUUGAUCGCUCCCCAAAGACCACCUCUGUCAACUCCAAGCCCACAGUUGACCGCCGCUCACCAAAGAUCACUACCCCACCUGAAAAACAACCAACACGCGUUGCAAAGGGAUCAGAAAUACAGGCUCAAUUAAUUCUCGUUCAGGAAGAUCUAAAGAAAGCAAAGGAGCAGAUACUUUUGAUUGAGAAAGAGAAGGCAAAAGCAAUUGAUGAAUUGAAAGAUGCACAGAAAGUGGCCGAUGAGGCACAUGAGAAGCUCAGAGAGGCUUUGGUGGCUCAAAAGCGAGCUGAGGAGAAUUCUGAAAUUGAGAAGUUUCGUGCCGUUGAGCUGGAGCAGGCAGGAAUUGAAGCAUCCCAAAAGAAGGAAGAGGAAUGGGAGAAAGAGCUUGAAGCUGUGAGGAACCAACAUGCUCUGGAUGUGGCCACUCUACUCUCUACCACUCAGGAACUUCAAAGGUUGAAGCAAGAACUGAGCAUGACCUGUGAUGCAAAAAACCAGGCACUGAUUCAUGCUGAUGAUGCAACUAAGAUUGCUGAGAUUCAUGCCAAGAAGGUGGAGAUUCUCUCGGCUGAGUUGACUCAAUUGAAGGCCUUGCUAGAUUCAAAGCUUGAAACAGAGGCUAGCGAAAACAGCCAGAUGGUGCAAAACCUUAAAUCAGAGGUAGACUCUCUCAAACAAGAACUUGAGAAAGCAAAAGGUUAUGAGGAGAGAUUGAUAGAGAAAGAGGCUUCCAUUGAACAGCUCAGCGUCGAGCUAGAAUCAGCCAAGAUGGCUGAAUCCUAUGCACGUAGUAUAGUUGAGGAGUGGAAAAAUAGGGUUGAGGAAUUAGAGAUGCAGGUUGAGGAAGCAAAUAAGUUGGAGAGGUCUGCAUCAGAGUCUUUAGAUUCGGUCAUGAAACAACUUGAGGGAAACAGUGAGUUAUUGCAUGAUGCAGAAUCUGAAAUUUCUGCUCUUAAAGAGAAGGUGAGCUUGCUGGAAAUUACAAUUGGAAGACAUAGAGGGGAUCUUGAGGACUCAGAACGUUGCCUUGAUAUGGCCAAGGAAGAAAAUUAUGAAAUGGGACAAAUGAUUGAGUCACUUAAGUCGGAGCUUGAAACUCUGAAGGAGGAGAAAAUCCAGGCUUUAAGCAAUGAGAAGCUUGCAGCAUCCAGUGUUCAAACCCUAUUAGAAGAGAAAAAUAAACUCAUAAAUGAGUUGGAAAAUUCCAGGGAUGAAGAAGAGAAGAGCAAGAAAGCAAUGGAAAGCUUAGCUUCAGCUUUACAUGAAGUGUCCGGAGAAGCAAGAGAAGCCAAAGAAAAGCUGCUAACUAGACAAGCUGAGCAUGAUAAUAAUGAGUCCCAGCUAGAAGACCUGAAAAUGGUCUUGAAAGGAACCAACGAAAAGUAUGAAGCAAUGCUUGAUGAUGCAAAACAUGAAAUUGAUAUUCUUACAAGUAACCUAGAACAAUGCAAGACUGAGUUCCACAACGCAAAGGCUGACUGGGAGCAGAAAGAACUUCACCUGGUGAAUUGUGUAAAGCAUUCAGAAGAAGAAAACUCUUCUAGGGAAAAAGAAAUAAACAGGCUGCAAAAUUUACUCAAAGAAACUAAUGAAGAAGCUUGGGCUUUGAAGGACGAAGAAGCCCAAUUGAAAGAGAGCCUGAAGGAAGUUGAAUCUGAAGUUAUCUGUUUGCAGGAAGCUCUUGCAGAAGCAAAGGCUGAGAACAUGAAAUUAAAGGAAAGCGUAUUGGACAAAGAAAAUGAGUUCCAAUGUAUUGUUCAAGAGAAUGAGGAGCUCCGAGACAAGGAGGCUGCUUCUCAUACAAAGGUUGAGGAGUUGUCUAAGUUACUUGAUGAAGCUGUGGCCAAGAAGCAAGCCGAGGAAAAUGGUGAGCUAACAGAUAGUGAGAAGGACUAUGAUUUGCUUCCAAAGGUAGUUGAAUUUUCUGAAGAGAAUGGGCAUGGAAGAGAGGAGAAACCCAAAAUGGAGCUUCAACCAAAUCAAUGUGAGGAACCCAAGAGGGAAAAUUCAUGGCAAGAGAAUAAUAAUGUCAUGAAUGACAAGGCCGAACAAGUGGAUUUUGCUUUAGUUGAUACUCUGAAUGGGAAACCAAAAGAAGAUGAGAGCAAAGAGAAAGAGGAUGACUCUGUAGAAGUUGAAUAUAAGAUGUGGGAGAGCUGCAAGAUUGAAAAGAAAGAAUUCUCGCCGGAGAGGGAACAAGAGCAGGAAUCCUUUGAAGAGGAAGUGGACUCAAAGGUGGGGGGUGGUGAGGAGGGGUUGGAUCAGAUUAAUGGAGUUGCUUCAACUGAAAGCAUUGAUGAUGGCAGAAUCUCUCCAUCAAAGCAGCAGCAGCAACAGAAGAAGAAGAAGCCUUUACUCCGCAAGUUUGGAAGUCUACUCAAGAAGAAGAGCACAAGCAACCAGAAGUAGAGAGACCAGUUUUGCCCGACUUGUGCCCAACUAGGAGGCAGGCAGGCAGGCAGGUUUACCGGAUAUUGUUUUGCACCUAAAUGUGUUUGAUUUUCUAUUUUUUGGAGUCUGGCUUUCAGAAUAGGCUAAAAAAGAAGAGGUUUGUAUUAUGGUUAGGGUUUUUAUUUUUAUUUUUUAAAUUGUGAUUUCCUAUCUGGGCAGUAUCUUGUAUGUGAUGGAGAUUUUUAUUUUCCCCUUCAUUUCUCCAUUCCUUUCCCCAUCCAAUUUAGAUCUUAUUAAAAGGAGUGGUGACAUGAGCUUGUA